GGGCCGCCCGUGACAGCGCGGCCGCGCCGUACCCCCGGCAGCCCCGGCGGGGCCUCCGCUGUGCCGCCCGCCGUGUCGGCAAAGGGGGCAAAAAGUUUUGAGACGUUACAACCUCAGAAGAAAAAAGGAGAACAGCAGCACGCCAGCCCCAUUUCCUCCCCGGUGCAUGUUACCAUUAGCGUUACAGUAGGGCCGUACACCUGCAACUCAGACAGCCAUGGAGAAGAGCGGGAACAUUCAGCUGGAAAUUCCUGACUUCAGUAACUCUGUCCUGAGCCACCUGAAUCAGCUGCGCAUGCAGGGUCGCCUGUGUGACAUCGUGGUCAACGUGCAGGGGCAAGCUUUCCGCGCUCACAAGGUGGUGCUGGCUGCCAGCUCGCCCUACUUCCGUGACCACAUGUCCUUGAACGAAAUGAGCACGGUUUCCAUUUCUGUCAUCAAGAACCCGUCUGUUUUUGAGCAGCUCCUUUCUUUUUGCUACACCGGUCGGAUAUGUCUGCAGCUGGCUGACAUCAUAAGUUACCUAACGGCCGCCAGUUUCUUGCAGAUGCAGCACAUCAUAGACAAAUGCACGCAGAUUCUCGAGGGAAUUCAUUUCAAAAUCAACGUGGCAGAGGUGGAAGCAGAAUUGAGCCAGACCAGGACGAAACAUCAGGAGAGACCCCCGGAGUCCCACCGGGUGACGCCAAAUGUGAACCGUUCCCUGAGCCCCCGUCACAACACCCUGAAAGGGAGCCGCCUGGGCCAGGUUAGCACAGUGCUGGACAUUCGGGAGCUCAGCCCACCGGCAGAGUCCACCAGCCCUCAGAUAAUCGAGCAGAGCUCGGACGUGGAAAGCAGGGAACCCAUCCUGCGGAUUAACAGAGCGGGACAGUGGUAUGUUGAGACAGGAGUGGGAGAGCGCGAGGGACGGAACGACGAUGACGUCCGGGUGCUGGGAGGAGUGCGCAUUAAAACAGAGAACCUGGAGGAGUGGCUGGGGACAGAGAAUCAGCCGUCAGGAGAAGAUGGCAGCAGUGCUGAGGAGGUCACUGCUAUGGUCAUCGACACCACGGGCCAUGGAUCAAUAAGCCAAGAGACUUACACGUUAGGGUCCUCCGGGGCCAAAGUGGUGAGGCCGACCAGCAGUGAGAUUGACAGAUUUAGCCCUUCUGGCAGCAUGGUUGCUGUGACUGAGCGGUACAGAUCAAAAAGCGAGUCUCCCGGGCGGAUGGAUGAGCCCAAGCAGCCCAGUUCCCAGGGGGAGGAAUCUGCCAUGAUCGGAGUGAGCGGUUACGUGGAAUACCUGCGGGAGCAGGAAGUGUCAGAGCGCUGGUUCCGGUACAACCCACGGCUCACCUGCAUUUACUGUGCCAAAUCCUUCAACCAGAAGGGCAGCCUGGACCGGCACAUGCGCCUGCACAUGGGCAUCACGCCUUUCGUCUGCCGCAUGUGUGGGAAGAAGUACACCCGCAAGGAUCAGCUGGAGUAUCACAUCCGCAAGCACACGGGCAACAAGCCCUUUCAUUGCCACGUCUGUGGCAAGAGCUUCCCUUUCCAGGCCAUCCUCAACCAGCACUUUCGCAAGAACCACCCGGGCUGUGUGCCUCUGGAGGGGCCUCACAGCAUUUCCCCCGAGACCACGGUCACGUCCCGGGGGCAGGCGGAGGAGGAGUCCCCCCCGCAGGAGGAAGCUGUCGCUGUGGGGGAGACGGCACAGGGAUCUGUGUCCACUACUGGGCCGGAUUGAAGCGCGGCUGUGGAGUCUGGGGAGAAAGGACCGUCUUCCCACUCGGGCUCUGGAGGCAGCACCAACCUCACAGGCUGGUACUGUAAUUAGUGCAAUGCCACCACCGGACAGAAAGAAGCUCCCAAGAUGUUGCCAAAACAGAAAAAUCUCCCUCUCUCUCUCUCUUUCUCUCUCUCUCACACACACACACACACACAAACACACUUAGAGUGUUAAACGUUUUUCCCCUUUAUUCCUCCUGGGGAGAAGCAAGACAACUGUGUCAAUCAUCUUCUUAUUCAGGGAUCGACAGGAUUUUAAAUUUUUGUAAUGUUUAAUAGUGAUCCAGGACAACAGUCACUUUUAUUUCUCAGCAGCAUCGUGGCCCAGCAGGUGAGCCAGGCUGUUCCUCGCCAUAGCCAACGGCGAGGGGAGAGCAGGGCAAGGGGCAGUCGCCUUUCUCCCUUUCCCAGGUAGCUGCCACGUUAAAGAAAUCAGACUGUCCUGGUGGAACCUGCCUUGCCUCACUGUAUUUAUCCCUGUCUUGUUUUUGGUGUGUCUCUUUUUACAUUUCUACUCCAACUAUUAUUUUAGGGCUUUUGGCUUGCCCGUCCCAGGUGCGUGGCCUCCAGCCCCUUGUUAAGAAAGGGCAAGGCUGGAAAGCAGUAUUCAUUCUAGAGGUCAGCAAAAUUGGAAGCGCUUCGGCUACUGAAAGUAAGAUUUAGCAGCUGUGAGGUCUGCAUUACUCUUAAUGUGUUGGAAGAAGGUUUGGAGGGGUCUUCUGGGGAGAGGCAUCUUUUGACCGGGACAGGUCAGGGCGCUCUGACUUCAGACCGGUGCACUGCCGUGCUUUGGCUGUUGCCAAGCUUUAGGAAGAGGUUUGUGGACUGGCUGAACAGAGGAGUUAGAGGCUGGCUACCAAAGUCGUCCUUCACCCCAGCUCUCCCUUGACACGCACUUGAUAUUUUAUAACAGCAAUAUGGUUUACCGAGAUACUAUAAUCCCAGCCAAGCAAUCAUGGGUGGUUGCUUUUAAACUUGUUUCUACAAACUAAUUUGAUAAGUUUUUUAUCGAUGAAACGCAAAAAGAAAACCUUACUUUAUUUCCUUCUAAGGGUUUGGGAAUCUUCAUGGUUCCUAGAGCAAUCACGACUCUGUCCCCUUGCAUGGACUUCAAGUUCUAAGCAGUUCUGACGUUUAGAGCAAGUUUGGCAAACCCAGAGAGACAUGCCUGCCUUGUGUAUCAUAGGUGUUUGCACGUGCUUACGUGUUUCAUAAAUGGAACAGCAUGGGACAGGUAGAGAAGUGCAAAUAUCUCGACAUCUUUUGAAGAAGUCUUCUUUUUAAAAAUAUGCAAUACUUCAAGAGUUUUCUUUGGUUCUGGUGCCGAAUUGUUCACGGUGGAGAGGAAAAUGAGCGACAUGUUGCGCAGAUUGGGUUUGGAAGAGGACGUUUGUUUGAAGGGAUUCUCUGGAGGAUGUCUAAUGUGUAUAAUAAGGAAGGAUGAGGUUCUGAUCCUUAAGAUGAUGGGAGGAACAAUGAGACAUUGAAAAAGUAACAUUCCAUCCUGCUUUCACAAAGGAAGCCAGGCAAGCGGUUACGGCGUGGGCUUGGCAGGCGGCAGGCUUCCCAAGUGAAACUGCAGCUUGUCCUGUCGUCCUGCUGUCUGACUGCACCCUGGUGGGCACGGGGAACACCCCUGGCCCUGCUCUCCCCAGUCCAGACUGGGACUCGUGAUCAUUUUCCUACCUCCUUAAAGGCAAGAAUUUGGAGAAGAGGGAAGUACUCUUACCUUGCUUCUGCUUUGUGCAGGUGAGGGGUCUCACUGUUCCUCCCACGUCUCUCAGAAGGCAGACGUGGCUCUAAUGAAUGUUUUUUUGUGUGCGGGGGAGGGAAGGGCUUGGUGUUCAUCAGCAGUACUAGGGAUGUGCUCCUCAGAGGAACCUCGGCCAGUGUUCCGAGCAGGGAGCCUGCGGAGUACAAGUUCACUGAGCAUUUUGGACAGGAAAACUGAUAUCUCGCCUCCAUUUUCCUUCCUCUUCUUCUUUCUCUCUUGUCAAGUGCAUCAUCACGUGGGGAAUGACUCUCUGAGCAGCCACCCCAUUCAGUUUCCUAUCAGAGGUCAAGCAGUACGGUCGCUGGAGAGCAGUGACAACAGAUGAGAGCUCAGAGGUGGCUGAGGCAGGCUGUGUUGCAAUUGAGGUGUGGGGGGAGUGGAGAUAUGCAGAGUAUGCUGCUUUAGUCAUAGCUUUUGAAGUUACCAAAAAUCAUUAAGAGAAAGAGUUACAAACUUUGAAAUGCUAUCCUGUUCACACUAGAGAGCGUCAGAAGUUACUUUAGUUGCUUAAAAGAUUUUUAAGUGUUUUAAAAUAGAUCUUUUAAAAGAAUACUACCAAACUAUAAAAACAUAAAAUUAUUUAUAUACAUAUAUUAUAUAUAAAUAUAGUGGGAAAGUUUCCCUGCUAAGCUUGCUGUGAAGAGAGGGGUGAAGGUGCAGUAACUGCUAUACGAGCAGCAUUGGUCUGAAACAGAUGGCAACCGAUCCAUCAGUGCGUAGCGAUGGAGAUGAGAUGGUGAAUGCCUUACUUGUAUGGCAUAGCUGCGAGUUUCUCAAGCAGAUUUUUGGGCUUUUUUUUUACUGUAUUGAUACUGUGAAUGGAGGAGCAUCCACAGCCCAGGUUGGAAUCCUGUUGGGCUGAUUCGCUACUUCUGAUUGGCCUGGUGAAAAUCAUUACCUUGUUCCUUCAUAUUGUUCUAGGCUAGUCUGAAAACAAAGCUUGUGAAAGGUCUUUAUUUUUUCCUCUGGGUUUUUUUGUUUUGUUUUGUUUUGUUUUAGUGCAGAGGUUGCCACUGUAUAAAUGAUCAUUUCUGAUUGCAUGCAAAAGAGCCAAUAUUCUUGCCCAGGCCUCACCGAGGUGAAGUUUAUAGCUUGUAGCUAGAGUCAGUAUAAGGUAAGGUAGUGGGAAUCAUUUUAAUAUUAUUUCUGUACAUUUAAUGGAUGUGUAUAUGUAUGUAUGUGUGGAAAUCACGGUGCCUCUGACAUUUUCUCGAGCAGUGCUGAAAGCAGUCGAAGCCCAUCUGCACCAGGAGAGGGAAUCGGUUCGGAGGGAAUUGUUCACCUAACUUUUCUUUCGGCGAUUGAUUGCUCGGUGCAGACAGGGCUGCGAUUGGAGAGUAAAGGGUUGGAGGUCGCGUGCAGUGUGGCCAAACCUGGGCUGAGCUUCCCGGCUUGGCAGAGCUGCUCGGUGUGGUGAUGGCGUCCUUGGUUGUGCCGAGCUCUUUGCGGUCGCGCCGAAGCUGUGGAGGAACAGACGCCGGCUUUCCAAGUACGAAUGCUUCUGUGACGGGUUGAGGCACAGCUUUGCGUUUCCACGUCUGGCUGCGGCUUUUUCCCCUUUGCCAAAACUGUGAUUUCAACUGUGAUUCAAGGAGGUUGUGAAGCGAAGUGUUGUCGUGAUACCUCUGUAACUUAACAUUUCUGCCAACUUCAGCUGGGGCUCACUGACCCGUUUGUUUGCUUGCCUCAGGCGGCAGUGGGGACGUCCUCUAUUUGUGCAGGCUUCAGCGUCAGAGGGAGAACACAUUUCUUAACUCUUUUAGUUUCUUACCUCUUUUAGUUUCUUUUAGUUUCUUUGCUGUGGCAAAGAAACCUUCCUCAUGCCAAGUGUAACGCUUCUCCCUAAGCAGCCUGCAGAAAGCCCUGAGUGACAGCAGAGCAAAGCGCUCGGACGGUCCCCGCUGCCGCCAGCUGCCCUGUGAAUAGCUGUGAAAAUAAUGAGAAUUAUGUUAGUACUGUGCUGCUGCUUUGAGAAAAGCCGAGCCUUCCUCUGGGGAGGAAUGGCUGGGAGAGAGACGAGCAAAAUGUCUUGCUGUUCUCCUGCAACAGGAGCUCGGGACAGCAAGCAGGGCUGCUUCGUUCCAGCAGCUGGCGAGGGAUGAGCAAAGAGGGCUCGUGAAAUGGGAAUUCAUCACAGCAGGGUGACAGCACGCUUAGAGACACAGAAUGAGAGCCAGUGCUGGGGCAGGUCGGCGGGGCAGGCCCCAGCGCUUGUCCUGCACUGAGCUGCACCAGUGCUGUGGUUACCAUGUCAGGAACAUUUUGAGGAUGGGAGAAAUCCAGGGGCUUUGGUUCAGGAAAUGUCUCGUGUUUUAUUUGGGCUUGGGCUCCGAGUUCCCCCAGGAGCUGAGCCAUAACCACAGCCAGAAAUCUGGGGUCUUCCGUGGAGCUGUUACUGCUCUGAAAUAAUCUGAGGAGUCUGCCAUCUCUUGCCAGCCGCCUCGGGUUUGUCGAUGAAAAGCUCUCUUGUGUGAAAUAUAGGGAAAAUCAGAGGGUAUAGGAGUGCCUGAACUGCGGGGGUUGGGGUGCUAGUUGGAGGAGAGGUGCCGGGAGAGGAAGGCCUGGCGGCAUCUUAUUUCUGAGCAUAGGAUUGAUUGGGUUGGUUUCAUUGUGCAAAUUGUGAAUGCUGCCAUUGCGAGGAUGGUGGCUGUGAUGGAAGCAGGGCUGGGCUGCGUGCUGGUCCCACACAGGUACUGGAGGUCUUCCUGCUGAUCUGAAGGUACCAGAGCUCUGUCUGCUGGGGAGCUGCCAUGCGGUUCCUGCCAUUUCUUUGUGUCAGAUCCGACCAUGGCUUUUUUUUAGGUUGAACUAAAAGAUAUCCGACUGUAAUCUUCACUGACCUGUUUGACUUUUUAUUCCUAGGGACUGUAGAAAAUUCAGGUUUCAUCUAACAUUAUCCUCAUCCCAACUGUGAACACGUUACUACUGCUUCUUAUAAUUUAUUACCUUUCCGUUCCUGAACGUCUGUGCGAUCCGGCUGUUUACCAGUGCCACCUUCCAGUGCUCCAUUAGUUUUCAUGCACAGGGAAUUGUUGCAAUGGAUAAGCUGACCAUGCUAGUUGGAAGAGUAGAAGCUUUUGCAGAGUGAUUUUUGCUUCCUCUAGCUGUCAUUAGGGAAUGCACACACACAUACUGUAUAUACAUAUAUAUGUAUACAUAUAUAAAGUGUUUCAAUAUAAGCUCAUUUAGCAUUAUUCUUAUUUAAUUUAUAUUUUAAUCCAGUUGUAAACCAAAGUAUUACAGCUUAUGAAAUGAUGUGUCUUGGAAACAGGAGGAACCAUUUGAGGUGGGAGUUCCAAAAGAUCUGUAUUGACAAAAAUACGGAUACAAGUAAGGUGUAAGAGUUUGCUCUGGUGAACCUUAGGGAUUUGGAACCUUGGGCAGGUUUAAGAUUUUCUGGAUAAGGUUUGACUGAGGGGAGGCAGUGUGAGUUACUGUUUUAAAGCUCUGUUUUUUUUCUCACCCAGUCUGACUUGGUGUUGGAGGAGCUGCUUCAGGAACAGUGCAGCUGGCACUUCAGCUACCUUUGCUGGACGAAGCAGGACUUCCCUGCAGGGGAACUGAGGCCUGGAUUUGCUGCCCUCCCUUCUUGUCGCAGGACUGGAGGAGUUUUUGUUGGGACAGGCUGUGUCUGUGCUGGCUGUGGCUCUGCCUCCAUCUCCCCCAGCCUGCUGUUCCUGGCUGCGGUGGGUCAGGGCUGGGAGGUUUGCACUGAGGUGGAGGAGAGCUGCAGCCAGGCGCAGUGCUGCAGGGCUCUGGCUCACGUGUGCUGUCACAGCAAUUACAGCCAUCCCUGAUGGUCUUCAGGGCCUUCUGAAGGCCUCUGAACAGCCCUGAGGUACAGAGAAAUGGUUUUGUUAAACAGAAUCGAGGCUUAAAACUUGCCAUGUUCUUCAUGGCACUUAGCUGUUUUGUGGAAAACAAGUGUAUUCUGGCAAGCCCAGAAAUAAAAAGAGGGAAGGCAGCAAAUCAGAAUGUAGUCUGGCACAACCAGGAGCAAGAGAAGGGCCACACAGAGCUGCCAGUGUGUUUAGUGGCCAAUGAGGUGCCGUAGCAAACAGGCGCUUGCUGCUGACUGAUGUUGAGAGGCGUGUUUGUUUUUCAGUAAUCUCUAUGGAGGGGCACAUUUUGCUGUCACCAAUGGAAGUAAGGUCAGAGAUAAAAUCUUGCUAAUCGUUCUGCAUGGGAGAGUAAUUGCCUAUCCAAGGAAGGCACAAAUUCUGCAGCCGGCUCUACCGCAAUGUCUCUUGCAGGCUUGGCAGCGGCCGUGCCUCCUCUCAGAGCCUCUUUUUGUAGCAGGCUGCCCUGCGUCCUUGCACCGAGCAGCAAUGAGCCGCCCACCCGCUGCUGCUGAUCAAAUAGGUUCCCUUCAUACUCUCCUGCAGGAUUAGUGCGUGCUCACAGCUCGGGGUGUACACACAGUACCAUUUUUAGCUCCUGAGUUCAGAUCUGGCAAAUAUAAAAAGCCUGUAAGCUAAUCUAUGUCUGAUUGCAGGUGCUGGGCACUGGGGCUGAGCCCAGGAGCCCUGCUGUGCCGCAUUCCUUCUAUGUGAAGGACAGGGAGCAGAGAAGACAGAGCCGGGCACAUCUCCGAGGUGCACGGUGCAAGGAGCAGCAGCAGGCAGGAGCUAAUGCAUGGGAUGUGCAGGUUAGGUGUAACGGAGAAGCUUCUUCACCCUGAGCACAGCCAAACACUGAAUAGGUUAUCCACAGAGGCUGGGGGACCUCCCCCCUGCCUGAAGGUAGCCCCGAGCCAGCUGCCUGAAGGUGGCCCUGCCCUGAGGUGGGAGCUGGGGGUCCCUGUCCCUGUGCUGUGCUACAUGAAGCGAGGGGCAGAGGCUCCAACCCUGCCCAUGCAUUACCAUUGUAUUUUCAUUUGCCAGUGAUAGACCUGUGACACAGCAUCUUGUCUGCAGUGGUCUGUGCAGAGGCUCGGUGCUUGCCGUGCCUGAGUGCAGCAGCUUGUGUUCCUUGGACUAAGCCAAGCUAUAUUUCUGUUAGACUUGUAUUUUAUUUUGAAGAAUUACCAUGUAACAAUGGGCAGCUAUAACAGGCUGCCUAGUUCGUAUCAGUUAAGCUUUUGAAACAUAUUCAGGUAUCAUUUAAGUACUGCUGUGUAACUCCUCGUUUAACCUGACAUACUCUGAGUUAAUCGUGUUUCUGCAGUUGUCUACGUCAGUACUUUAAAGCAAAUCAGUGUAUUUUUUUUUUUUGCAGACUGUCAGUUAUGUUAAGCUUCCAACUUUACGUAGAUUUUGUACUUAACCCCCCUCAGUUUUACAGUUAAAUGUCUUCAUUAUUUUUAUUAUUAAUUGAGUGAAGCUUAUUUAUUUGAACCUUCCUGUUACAUUUGCAGUCAGACCCAGUACCAUUGGCCACGGCCCACGAAACUGUGAAACUAAUUGUAAAGUAAGAAUGAAGCUAGAUUGGUGAAUUACUUGUGAUUAUAAAAUGCAGUGAGUAGCAGCAUCAGAAUAGGAUUAAAGCUGCUGAGGCUGGGGGAGGAAUCAUGAAACUAUAGCUGGGAAACCUCUGUGGGAACAUCACCUGAAGAUGUUUCUGCACCAGUUCCCCACUUGGCAAAGUUCAGGAGCUGUCCUGAGACAGAGAGUUUUGUCUGGGGCCUGCGUGCUAGUCGGUGUGUUGCAGGCAUUGGUUUGGUAUGGGUGCUCUGUGAUGCCAUUUCCUUAGUGCUAACGCAUCUGAGGCAACUCUGGAUUACUGUGAAGCUUUUAUUUAACGCUCCAUUGCGUGGGAGUUGGUAUCUGAACAAUCGUUGGUUUGACAGAGGUGAGGGCUGAGGCAGCAACUGUGUGACACUAACAAAACGGGAUGGUGCAAUUCUCUGAAGGACAGCUCUGGUUUUGGCCCAGAGUGUGCUUGGGGAGCAGUGGAGCUGCUGGCCGUUCGGCCCCUGGCAUAAGGCAAACACCUCUUGGCUCCCCGAAUUUUGAGCCUGGGGAAGAAGCUCUGUUGGCAGAGAGCAAGUGCCAGAGAGAUAUUUGAAAGUGCAAGGGAACGCUGUCAUUAAAUAACACACGCUUCUUGUGUACGUAGAACUGCUGCUGGUUAGGAUGAACUGAGGAGCAAGAGGGAUCCUCUGUGGUGGAAACUGAGGAUGAGAACCACGCACAGCUCCCUGCUCCUGCGGUCACUUCUCCACCGCCUGUAACACAAGGUGAAGCCCUGUUGUAGCCCAAGGUGCUCUCUGCCCCCAACUUCCCCCAGCAUCACCCUCCUCUUUCCUGUACAACACUGUGAAUGACACCAGUCACUCUUUUAAUGCUCCCAUCCAGCUUGCUGGGAGCACGAAGUGCUGCCCUACAUGGUGAUGCUGGGGGAGAUAGGACUGAGGGCUCUGUCUGCACACAGGGACAGCUGCGGCCCAGUGCUCCAUGCAGAGGCGUUGGCACACAGUUAACGACGUAAGCAGCUUUGUGUAGCAAUUUGCUAAUCACGCCUGAUUUCCUAAUGAACUAAACUGACAAUCAAUUUCUAAAAUAUAAGAGCUUCUUGGAGGUAAUAGUCGAGGAUGUCUUCACCAGGAGGAUUUAACUGGGAUAACUUUAUAAAGAGCACAGGAGCUUUUCCGUUCUGUAUCUAAGCAAUCACUCCAGAAAGUGUGUUGCAUUAAGCAGCAGAGUCCCAGGACAGUAACUACCUCUCUCUCUCUUAGAGUGCUGAGGUUGCCACGCUACGUGCUGUCAGCAAAGCAUUCACUUUGGAUUUGUUUUCCUUACCUCCGUGUGGCAGCAGCACAGGGGAGCUCUAGAGCAGGGAAAUGGCACUGGGGAGCACCCUGCAGUGCCAGCAGCUCUCUGUGAGCCCCGUGGGUCUGUAUGUCACAGCGAGGCUCCCAGGGUUACGUGCUCUGCACUGGGAGGGAUGGAGGGCGUGAGGGUGAGGAGGACCCACCUCCCUCCCACCCCAAGGGAGCAGGCAGCAGCAAAAAGCAAUAAAUUCAAUAACAAUAACAACUUUUAUAAGUCGGUCAUUACUCAGCAGAUGUGACUCCCUGGUUUUAUGUCUUGUACAAAUAUACAGGGAGCAGAUCUGACCUGUGAAAAGGUGCCAUUUUUUUUUUUUCAAUUUUUUAUUUUUAAUUAAACAGAGUCCCUUUCCAAACUAGAACAGCACUUUAAAAUAGGUUCCUCUUUAAGAAAACAAAAAAAAAAAAAAAAAAAAAAAAGGAAAAAAAAAAGGAAAAAAAAAAGAAAAAACAAAAAAAGAAAAACCCUUUACUGAAGAAAUGCACUUUAACUGGUAGGUGAGCAUGGCUGCUGUUGAGGCGGCCGUCCUGGCGGAGGCUCGCUGUCAGCCAGAGCCCAGGGAGCAGCACUGCCCAACGCACGGUGCCCACGUGCCCGCGCACUACUGCAGCUCUACCUCCCACUGCGUGCCCCUGGGCCUGUGCUGCUGCAGGAGUCCCACCCGAAGGCAACAGCAGGAUGGGGCCUGUUGCAAUCCGGGUUGUAAAUCGGUCACAAAAACAAAACCCGGCACCACCUUUGCCUGUAGGGAGAAUUUAACCCAUUUACAGUAGGUCAGACGGUGCCCCCAGGUCCAGCGCAGCACAGGGCUGAGCUAAGGUGAGGCUGUUCCUGGGGGUGUGAGGUUUUUCAUAUUGUGGAUAUGGAGCCCUCAGCAGUUGAGUAUUUAAAAAUAAUAAUAGUCCAAGUUCACGUGUCCCCUGUUGAUUCCGCUCAGAGCUGGGUUGCAGAGUAAGCAUUUGUAAGAGAAAUUGUGCUGUCACCAUCGACUCUUGGCUUAUAACUUGAACGCGUAGGACACGCGUCCUCACCCUCAAGACUUAUUCUCACACUUAAGAAAAUUUCCUGCUGUACUAAUUAUUGUUUAUUUUUAAUUUUAUUCUUGGUUGCAAUGGAAAAAAAAGAUAAAAAAGAAGUCUGUACUCACACUCGGUCUGCAGUAGGUUGCAGCAUGGUCCUGCUGUUGUCAGCGAUCCCACCAGCCGUCCCUGUGCUGCUCCGUGCCCCAUGGGAUGGGCAGGGGCUGCAGUGUGAGCAGCAGAGCUGUGGCAGGGGCACAAGGCCGAGGCGGAGGGGUUGUGCAGUUGUACAAUUGCAUUUCAGCAGCUCAGCAAAUAAGUGCUCUCGUCAGACAGCUUUAAGAACAAUGUGAAUGAAAAAAUCUAGCGAUUUGGGUAGGAAUCUUUGAAAAUUCUAGCAAUGUAUACUUGAACUUCUGUUUGUAUCAAAAACAAAUUGCAUUUUUUUUCUUUCUUUUAACACGGUGUAAAAGAACAUUAUGCAUGUGAGUGGUUUGAGAAUUAAAUGGUUUAAUACUCA